AUGCAGCAGCAGCAGGUAGGUGCAGCAGGAACAGGAACAGCAGCAGCAAUAGCAGCAGCAAAAAAAGCAGCAGCAACAGCAACAACAGCACCAACACCAACAGCAGCAGCAGCAGCACCAGCAUCAGCAGCAGCAACAGCAGCAGCAAUAGCAGCAGCAGCAGCAGCAUCAGCAGCAUCAGCAGCAGCAGCAGCAGCAGCAGCAGCAGCAGCUGACCUGCAGCAGCCUUCUUUUUUCUACGACCUCAAAGGCAGCAUCUAA